AUCUGUGUUUACAGCUUUUAGGUUGUCGUUCAAAGUGAAUUCCCUCAAGGGGAAAAUGAAAGGGAUUUUUUACUCCCGGAAGCUGACUUUUACACACGCUCUGGGUCAAGCGCUGGUGACGUAUCCCAAAACAAUUAUUUACAAUAAGUGACAGAACAUUUCAAGAAGUUUCAAGUAACGUCAGGACCAUGUAAUUAAUAUUUAAAAGCUCACACUAGUGGGAAUCGUGUGGCAUACGGAUUUUAGUCAGUGACGCCAAAAGACACUUUAAGCUGUUUCUCUUUUUCAGAUACGAUAAUAGAAUAAUAAUAAACAGUAAUAACGACGAGGUUAUACAUUCAUUUGUAACGCUUCUUGUCAAGACAGAGCAAAUAAGAACUUCUGCUGCAGCAACCAGACGGAUCUCAACCAGCGGCAUGUUUGCAAUAAGAAGCUUCAGUCUUCUGUGCAGAAGAUCAUCUGUUUCAACAUGGAGAAAUAAAAGUAAAAGUGCCGGGAAGAGGCUUGAUAUAAGUGGGAUUUAUCCUCCUAUUGCUACUCCAUUCACUCAGAGUGAAGAUGUGGAUUAUCAAAGACUUGAUGACAAUCUUAGGAAGUACAGCAACUUACCUUUCAGAGGUCUUGUCGUGCAGGGCUCUAAUGGGGAAUAUCCAUACCUGACACCGGAGGAAAGGGUUGAGGUGGUGAAAAAAGUUAAACAGGCGCUGCCAAAAGACAAAGUAGUCAUGGCUGGAUCUGGCUGUGAAUCCACCAGAGCCACGAUCCAAAUGAGCCAGCAAAUGGCAGACGCAGGUGCUGAUUGUUUGUUAGUUGUAACACCUUGUUUUUACCGCGGUCGAAUGGAUAGCCGAGCUCUCAUAAACCACUACACCAAGGUGGCAGAUUCCAGUUCAGUGCCAAUUGUGUUGUACAGUGUGCCAGCAAACACGGGUCUCGACCUGCCAGUGGAUGCAAUAAUUCAGCUUUCCCAGCAUCCAAAUAUUGUCGGCCUCAAAGACAGUGGUGGAGAUAUCACCAGAAUAGCUCUGAUUGUGCGGAAAACCAGAUCACAGGAUUUCCAGGUGCUUGCAGGAUCUGCUGGUUUCCUUAUGGCUGCAUAUGCUGUCGGGGCCGUGGGAGGCGUGUGCGCCCUCGCAAAUGUCCUGGGUCAGCAGGUGUGUGAUCUAGCCCAGCUGUGUGUUUCAGGACGCUGGGACGAGGCCAGAGAGCUCCAAUAUCGCCUCAUCGAACCCAACACAGCAGUAACUCGGCAGUACGGCGUUCCCGCUUUGAAACAUGCAAUGGAGUGGUUCGGAUAUCACGGCGGAGUGUGUCGGUCCCCGUUGCAGCCUUUAUCAAAGGCAGAUUUAGAGCAGCUUCGACUGAAAUUCUCCUCCAAUGGUUGGCUGUAGAAGCUGGACGGCCAACAGAAUCAAAGUGUUACAGUACCAAAGCGUUCUAAAACAGAAUGUUCUAAUUAGUCUUUUUGCGUCAUCAUGAAUUUAAAUUCAUUUUCUUAAGAUUUUCUCAUAGCGUUUCAUUAAAUUUUAAUUUGCAAGCUGUAGCGGUUGUGUGGGAUUGAUCUAUUUUUGUAUGAAAAAUUAUUGAAAAAUAUUUCAGUAUAACUAGUUUGUUUUUCUUUCAUACUGGUUUUAUGUUGUUUGCUAAGGAGUUAUAGACAAAUACUUACAUUUGAUGCUGUUUUUAAAUAUAAUUCAUAAUUGAAUAUUCAGUACAGUAUUUUGAACUAUUCUGGAUGUGAUUUUGCAUAAUUCAUUCUUGCAAAUUACAUCUUAUUCUUAUUUUGAAGUAAACAAAAACAAUACUUUUUUAUAUUUUAGUACAGUAUGUAGUAUAUACAUAUUUGAGUAAAAGGGAAAAACGAUUCCUAAUGA